UUGGUAAGGACCGUUGCAGAAUUUCCCUUCAUCACCGACUGACAAAAACCCUCCAUAAUAUAUAUUGCAAAUCACAAAACGACCCACAGGUCCAUGUGAUUACUUUACAAGAAAUUGGUAAGCAUGGCAGUACCCUACCGUUCUCCAUCCCCGGCCCAUGGUGGUGUGUGCACGAGGGCACGCAGCCUCUGCAGCUUCACUCCACCACCGCACUGCCCUCUCUGUCACUGCCAUUCUCCAUGUGCCCCAAUCACUGCAUCUGGCUCCACCUCCAUUUCAUCUCCUUCCUCUCCUCUCAAGUCUCCAUUUAUAUAAAGGCUCACCUGCUCCACCGAUCUCCAAUACAGCUAAAUAUAAAGCUCCAUUUCACCCCUCGAUUCUCACCUCAUCUCACCACUGCAAAACCAAUCUCUCUCUCUCUGUCUGUCUCUCUGUGUGUGUGUGUGUUCAUGUGCGUGUUCAUGUGUUCAUGUGUUCCAUAUUUCCAUCCCAUUCUGUCAUCGGCGUAUCGUCGCAGGCACAGGCAGAAGGUGGUGGCUUUCGCAGCCGUGAGAGCAGAACCAGCAUGAGCAGUGGCGGCUCCCUGACCUCCCCUGCUUCGGCUGUCUGCUCCAGAUCAUGGUCUAUAAGCGAGGACUCGCUGAGGAGGUACGUGAGCUACGCGAGCGAGAGCUGCAUCCAGGAGCUGCUGGCCGCGUCGGACUCCGACCGGGGCGGCGGCGACGACGACGGCUGGAAGGUGCUGGCGUACCAUAACGGCGUCGAGAUAUCGAGGCGGCGUACGGGGCCGGCGCACGUGUUCCGGAGCCGGUGGCUACUGCAUGCCGUCUCGCCGGAACAGUUCAUGGCCGUCGCCAACGCAGUCGACGCCGCCAAGUGGGAAUCUGACCAGCUGGUGGAAGCUUCGUACAUCAAGGAGCUGGGCGACGACCUCAGCAUCAUCCACCUCAAGUUCGGCGAUGCCUCCGCCAGGCGCCCCGCCCGGCGCCGCGACCUCGUCGUCUACGAGCGCCGCCAGGCCAUGGACGACGGCACGCUGGUCGUCGCCGUGGCGUCGCUGCCCAAGGAGAUCGCCGCGGGCCUGCUGCCGCCCCAGGCCGCCAAGGGAGGCGGCGUCGGCCGGGGCCUGCUGCUGCAGUCCGGCUGGGUCGUCGAGAAGCUCGUCGACGGCGACGUCGGCUCGUGCGUCGUGACGUACGUUGUGCAGCUGGACCCGGCGGCCGGGUGGCUGCCGCGGUGCCUCGUCAGCAGGCUCAACAGCAAGCUGGUCAUGAUCAUCGACAAGCUCAAGAGGAUGGCGCAGACCACCGUGCCUGCCGCCGAGGGUUGCAACGCCGCCGACGAGGUGUGACGGCGAUGGGGAGCGACACCGAUCAGUUGCAUGCGUAGUUAUUUACCUACGUAAAUACCUUAGUUUUUUAGAAAUGGGGAGUGCAUGUCGAUCGAGGUGUUCGUAUCACAGACGAUAUAGUACUGUCAUACGAUGUGAGUGAGAAUGUGUGUUUUGUGUGUGUGAGUGUGAGUGUACGUACGAACGUACUCUGGCUUUGCAAACGGCUGCAAAGCCUUGUAACUGCGAGCUGCAGUUCAAUUAUUAAAAAUAUAUAGAUAAAUGUAGCAUCAAUUUUGUCA